UAUUUGUCUAUAUAAAUGCGCAAGAAGAAAAUCACAACAAAAAGUUACAAAAAGCGUACAGUCUUGUCUUCUCUCUCUCUCUCUCGUCAGAGUUGAACAGACAGAGAGAGAACAAUGGACGAAACGCGAAAGACACAAGACGAGAGCGGAAAAGACACGACGGAGAAGGAAAUGCAGACGCCGGUGAUAAUCUCCGGAGGAGACGACAACGAGGACGAGUAUACUCCGGACGAUAUCAUGCAGCUCGUCGAGUCUUCUUCUUCACCGACGACGACGAGCAUCGAGGGAGCUAACUUUCGCGGCGAUGAGAGUUUCAGAGUGAGGUUUAUCGACGAUCCGUACGAGAUUCCGGUGGCUGUCCAGUCGUCUUCCGGCUACAUCACGAUCAACGUCAACGAGGAGAGCUGCGGUCCGUCGUUUUCGGACAGCGACGCUUCGGCUAUGGCGAGCGUCGACGCGAGCGGGCUGUUCGGAGGUUGCUGCUGCCUCGGUUUCGACGGGGAAAAAGGCGGAGCGUGGGGUGCAAACAGUGUGGGAGCGAGUGAGUGUGAGUGGGACGACGAUUUGCUGGCGAGGUUUCUAGGUGAAGACAGUGUUUGACCAAAUAUGUGUCGUCUUGCGGAGAAAGCUUUUGGUUUCGAGAGGUCCGGGGUAUUUUGGUCAAUUCGAUGGAUUGUAGUUAAGUGAAACUUGUCUUCGCGUUGUUAAUAGGAGCAGAACAAAAAGGAAAAACCAGUAAAUGGUAGUAAGGAGUAGAGUAGCUGCGUAAUUUAAUGUUGACCAUUAUGCUAAAUCAUGUCACAUGGCGGGUAUUAAAGAGUAAAUGAUUUUAGCUUCAGGGAGCUAUUAUGUAAAUUGCGAAGGUAUUAAAU